AUGUCUCGUCCGAUGCUUUCGUCGGCUGCUCGCCAGCUUUCACGGCAAUCACCUGCAUCUGCGACCUCCGUGAUUUCUGUUUCGCAAUGUCCUCGCUCAUUCUCUACAUCCCGACCGGCUUUGAACUUCUCCGCAUCGGCUUUCUGCGCUUCGCCUUCCUAUCGAUCAGUAUCCAGCGCUUUUGGCGUCUCUAGAAAGAGUCCCUUGUCCCGGAACCGUUUCCCACAGUCUUCCCUGUCUCCAUUCGCUGCUCCGCGACAGCGAUAUGCCUUUUCCUCUUCGACUGUCCGUUCGGAAGCCAAGGUGCUACAAAAUCCAAAGACCGAUGAUGAUGGGAAUUCGCUUUUGAUUGAUAUUUCUUCUCGUGCUGCAGAGCGUCUCCGAGAGAUCACUGAUCCAACCUCAUCCCCCUCUGCUAUCAAGGAGGAAAACCCAUAUCAUCACCUUCGAAUCACAGUCACUAGUGGAGGCUGCCAUGGUUUCCAGUAUAUCAUGUCUCUGGAGUCUGCCUCCAAAAUUGACCCGGACGAAGACACGGUUUUUGAAGCUGGGCCGCCAGAAGAUCCCUCGACUGCCGGGCCUGGCGAGGCAAAAGUCGUAAUGGAUGAACCCUCGCUCGAGCUUCUUCACGGAAGUACGGUUGAUUACACCAUGGAGUUGAUCGGAAGCCAGUUCAAGAUCGUCGACAACCCUCGUGCCUCGAGUAACUGUGGCUGUGGCACCAGUUUCGAUGUCAACGACUAG